AUGUCUCUCGCCGCAGUCACUCGCCCAUUGGCAUCUCGAAUGCUCUCCCAGCGCCUGCCACUGGCCGCUGCUUCUCGCCGCGCUGUUCCCGCUUUCCCGCGGGGAAGCAUCAGGUCCUUUUCGCGAACCUCACAAUGGGAAAUCAAAAAGUACACGGAAUCCCACGAAUGGAUUGAACUCGCCGACGAUGGUACCGCAACCAUUGGAAUCACCGAAUAUGCGGCCAAGUCCCUCGGCGACGUCGUCUACGUGGAAUUGCCCGAACUCGAGCUUGAAGUCAGCGCUGGCGAGCCCGUCGGCGCCGUCGAGUCGGUCAAGUCUGCCUCCGACGUCUUGACCCCGGUCUCCGGAAAGAUCAUCCAAGGAAACGAGGUGCUGAGUGACAAUCCCAAGACAAUCAACGCCAGCCCCGAGGCUGAGGGCUGGAUUGCCAAGAUCGAGGUCAACGACCCCAGUGAACUAGACGCUUUGUUGGACAAGCAGGCUUAUUUGGAGACUACGGGCGAAUCCUAA